UAAAUUCGUUGUAAUGCAUCUCAAAAGCUUCCUAGCAACGCUAAAGGUACGCACAUAUAUAAUUACACAUGCGAACGACGCGCUUCCGGAAACGACGAGUAACCCUUAGGGAUAUCUUGUUAUAACUACUAUGAAACAAGGAGAAAGAGGCGAUUAUGAUUGUAGACAAGUCGUGUGAGGUAACACGCGGGCGGCGUGCUUGCUACGGUUGACGCACCUCGUCCUCACCCUCACGGUAAACGGAAACGUCGCGAAAGCCGACGACGGAGCUAGUAACGCGAAUGAAGGGAAAAGGCAAGGGUGGCUGUCAGAUACGCGCGCCGAGGGUGGCCGUCUCUGGGACAACAGGGUUGGGCACGGGGUGUGGCGAGGACGCAUGCGUCGGACCCGGCCGUCGGGGCUGUCGUGUCGCUCUCUACCGACGGUCAUGCCAGUCGUCGUGACGACUUCGAAUCGUCGUCGUCGAGAGCGUCGUGUUUUUAAUUCGUCUUCGUACUCGCGCUUCGAGUCCUGCUUUUCUCUCUCUCUCUUUCUCUCCUUUUCAUUCUCUGUCAUUCCAGCAGUAUCUAUUUCGCGCGCGCAUGCGAGUCGUGACGUUCGCACGGUCUUUUGAAUCGCCGGCGUAUUCGCGCCGCGGGUGUCGUCGUCGACCGGGAUUUUCGCGGAUAAACGUCCGUGGUGCGUGAGACGACGUAGGUGAGCGAGAUUCGCAAAGUAGUGCUGAGUCUCUACGUAGUUGUCUUACCUCGUCGCACGCGGACUCGGACACACAGGUGCGCGAGUGGCCGCGGCAUCCUUCUCGGUGUCGUCGUCGUCGUUGCGAUUAAAGAUGCUCCAUGAUUGUAUCGAGAGUGGAUGGCUUCGACACCUUCGUCCGAUGCCAGAAAUAUGAAGGACCCCAUGAAUUAGUUAUUCGCCGCAUUAAGGAAGAGAGAGGAGGAACUAUAUGGGUCGGCGUGCGACUUACUCGUGAAUCAUCGUUCGUCAUUAUGCAACGGUGAACUUACUCCGCUUUCGUCGGGGCAUACGUGCCAGGUGCAGCCGAAAUUGCCUGAGAUCGCUCCGGGAGAAUUCGUGGCCGAUUCAUGGAACCGUGAUCAGCUCUUAAGACUUUGAAUCAUUUAAACGAGGAAGGCGAGGCGCUUGCCCUUCAAGAUGACCUCACAACGCACCCCACCCUGGCCUUGAUGCGGCGCAUCCUUGCAGAUGCACAGGCAAAAUUCCGCGUGAUGGUGGAGGAGAACGCAGCGACCGGCGCCCGGCUCGACGGCGAGCUGGAGCGCGCCAGGGGCGAGUGCGCGACUCUUCGAGGUGAGUUGCGCGACGUCCGCGGCGCCUUGCCGAUCGUUCUGAACAACAACAACGCCGGCAACAACAGCACCAACAGCAACAACAACCCCGGGGCGGCGACAGGCGCCUCCGCUGGAAACCCCGACCAAGAAACCGAGGCUCAGCAACAGGAGGACGGUAAGCGACUCAGCGCCGGCAGCAGCCCGGUCGAGAAGAGAAGCUCGGCCAGCGACAAGUCCGCCAGUCCCAUCGACAAGAGGGCCAGUCCGGUAGACCGGAAAGAAAGAACCAGUCCCAUCGAUCGACGAGCCAGUCCCAUAGAACGAAGAAAUGGCUCGCCCUGCCGUAGCCCGAGCGAGAAGGCCCGUCGACCGUACGCUCCCGCCCUGGAGAAGACGCGGCUGGGUGGAUCCGGCGGCAGCGUGGAUUCCCGAUCGGGCAGCGCGAGUCCGGAUCGGGGCUCGGCCAAUCGGGGUGGCGGCGGUUUCCUGCAUCGUGGCGGCAGCGACCGUUCCAGUGUGGAGCGGCUCCGGAUAUCGACUAACCGCGACUCCCUGCGAUCCAGCAAGGAGAUGAACGAUCACGACCAGAAGGACGCCGAUAAAGAUCUGGUGGACGGCGACGCGCGUGGCGACGAGGACAAUGAACCGCCCGGACCGGCACCGAGUAGCAGACCCUCGUCCCCGGCUAAUUCUCUCGGAAUUGGCGAUCCGGUUGUCGCAUCCAGACUCUCCAACAUUCACGGCGGCGGACACACGGAAUUGGCCAGUGCCAGGAGAUUGCGACUGGAGAACGAGCGAUUGGUAGCCGAGGUCGCGAGGUUGAGGAGGCUGUUGCUGAGCGGGGCGGCACGCGGCGAGGUCGGCGCCGAGGACGCCGCGAUGGAGGAAGAGGCCCGCUUCGUCGCCCUGGAAGUGGAACUGCAGCACGCGAAGGAAGCGUUGCAGGCGCUGAAGGCCGACCGGAAGCGGCUCAAAGCGGAGAAGUUCGAUCUACUCAAUCAGAUGAAGGCGCUUUACGGCACCCUCGAGGAUAAGGAGCGCGAACUCCGCGAUUUUAUACGAAAUUACGAACAGCGGAUGCGGGAGAACGAGGCGACCCUGGGACGUCUUCAGCAGCAAGGAGCCAGCAUGCCGUCGGAGGAACGCGAACGGGAGAGGGAGAGGGAACGCUGGAGUCUCUUAAGGGCGGCGAGGGACGAGGCCGAUCGAAGCCUGAGCCUCGCGGCUAGUUUAGCCGACAAAGAGGCCGCCCUCUCGCACGCACACGCGACCAUAAAAGAGUUGCAACGUCAGCUGGCGGAACGCGGCGGCGGCGGCGGGAUCUGUCUGAGCGAUCAGGAGUCUCUGGUGUCGUUUCCACGUGGCAGCGUGAACGGCGCCGCGACUCCCGGCGCCGGGAGUAGCAGCGGUGGAGGCGGAGGCGGCGGCGGUGGCGGCGGUGGCGGUGGCGGAGGUUGCGGCAUUAUCCCCCACGUGAAUUCGCAGCCGCCGUUGGGCAUCACCGAACUCGGUAUGUCCGUGGGUAACGCGGGCGGCGGCGCGGGUGCGGGGGGAUCUUCCGGCGGCCAGGCCGGCGAUCGCGGCAGCUGCAGCGCCGACAGCGGGGUUCGUGGAUCCAGCGAUCGUGAAAGCGGCGGCGCGACCAGCGUCGGCGGGAAUCUGUCGGACUCGACGACAGACGGCACGCCGACAAUUACGGUCGAGGGCAGCGGUCUCGACAUGGACAGCAUCUCCGUGGUAUCCUCCGUAGCACCAUCCCAUAUAUACCAAUCCGCGACCACGCCAAAGGACUGCAGCCCCACGUUGUCACCGCUAAACGCAUUCUCAAGGUCCAUAGAUAAUUCUUCGCUAUCGCGAUCGGUCGAGCAGCUAUCCAGCCCGCUGGAAUCCGAGCCGAGGAGGAACAAGCAGCCGCCCCCUGUCGUCGCACCUGCCGCGCAUUCGCGAUCGUCCGCCACUCGCGGCGGCACAUGGGGAUCCAUUUCAAGAGUGUUCGCUCGUUCGCGACAUCGGAAGACGGCAAACAGCACCAACGCUGGAAGCGGCAGCAACGAGGCUGCGGAUGGCUUUGAUCCGUAUCGAUCGUGGUCGCCGCUCACCGAAGAGGGUUACGCCGAAAAACUUCGUUUGCUUCGCGAAGCAGCCUCCGUGCCUAUGGAACGAUGGCGAGCCCCGACCGUUUUAGCCUGGUUAGAGGUGGCUCUCGGGAUGCCGCAAUACGGUCCACGAUGCGCCGAGAAUGUCAAGUCAGGCAAGGUCCUACUUGAGCUAAGCGAUGCCGAAUUGGAGGCCGGUUUAGGCGUGACGCAUCCGCUUCAUCGAAAGAAGCUACGUCUGGCCAUCGAGGAACAUCGGCAUCCAAGUCACGUUCGGUAUCCUUGCAUCGCGCAGCUCGGUCAUACUUGGGUCAGUUCCGAAUGGCUACCGGAUCUCGGUCUGGGCCAGUACUCGGAGAGUUUCGCCACCAACAUGGUGGAUGCGCGAAUGCUGGAUCAUCUCAGCAAGAAGGAGCUCGAGAAGCUGCUCGGGGUCACGAGAAAGUUUCAUCAGGCGAGCAUCGUUCACGGUAUUCAUCUGCUGCGGAUGCUGAAUUACGAUCGACAGGCACUCGCUGUCAGGAGACAUCAAUGCGAGCAGGUUGACACGGAUCCUUUGGUCUGGACGAAUCAAAGGUUCAUUCGGUGGGCGAGGAAUAUCGAUCUUACGGAAUACGCCGAGAAUCUGAAAGACUCGGGUGUACAUGGUGCUCUGGUUGUAUUGGAGCCAUCGUUCACCGGUGACACCAUGGCUACCGCGUUGGGUAUACCGCCGGCCAAACACAUGAUUAGACGGCAUCUAACCGCCGAAUUGGAAGCGCUCGUUCUGCCAGCAAGAAGUCAGCUGGAGGUGGUCCCGAGGAACAGCACCGGCGGAGGUGGCCGUCCGAUGAGCACCGCGAGCACGGGCGGUAGUCUUGGUCGGGGGAGCAGGGCCCUACAUCUACAUCACCAUCAGAGCUCGUUGUCAGCCCUCCACAUGACGGCGAAUCACACCGGCACCGUCGACAGACGCAGAUCCAGCCUCAGGACCUGCAGUCUUCUUUACUUGAAAAAGUUGUCAUGGAGAAGCUCACAGGGAUCCCUGAGCAGAGCGUUCGGUCUUCGGCCUAGAAGCGAGAAAGCAUCACCAUCGUCGUCCUCGGACACCGGUAGCCUCGCCAGCCAGUAUAUGAGCAGCAGCGUCCGCAGCACCUCGCCGCCACCGCCGCAGCUUCCGCCACGGCCGAUGACGACCGGUAGCGGUGGCAAGCGGCACCGUCGCGUCAAGAGCAUCGGCGAUAUCGAGUACAUAAGCACGGCCGCAGUGAGCACCCCGGUCUGACAGGAGGGAAGGCCCCAUCACGCGGGGCCUUACCGCAGUCUAAGCGAACGCGGUUACUCGUCCUCUUCAUACUCUUCGUCCCAGUACUCAUACUCGGGCUACAGCAACGUCCUAACCGGUGGCGAGCAGCCGUAUCAACAGUACCAGCAACAGUCCAGCGGCAAUUAUUAUCACCAGUUGCAAGGCGGCUAUUAUUCGCCGCAGAGUUCCGGACCACCCUUUCCGGGCGUGCAAAGAUACGGCAGUCUGGCGGAAGAGGCAUGGUCGUCCUGCUCCGCCAAGGGAGACGCGGGUGUCUCGAAAACUAAUCCGAGGACUUACUUGGCUUAAUCAGUCGCCACAAUGUUUAAAUCUCAUUGAGCAAAGGUGUGAAUACCUGGAAUUAUCUUUGAAAAAGAGCGCGUACUUUGUUCUCUUUGAGGAUCUUUAAAUCGUAUUCUUUAUCCCUUUCGUUAACGAUCCAUACGAAUAGUUUACAACGAGAAAAUGGAGCAGAUAAUCGCAUUUAUCGGAGCUAAAUGUUUAAAUCUGGCUCACUAUCAGUGUUUGCUGUAGAUAAUUUCAAAAUU